CAAGCUGUCUCCUUCCAAGGGUCAUUUUGGAUUUCACUGGUCAACAAACAGAGCUGUUGUUAGAAUGGUGAUAUAUGUCACAUACGGGCUGCUGUUUACAUACUUGGCCUUGCCCGGGAUCUUACUCGGGGAUUUAGCUUUCCGAUGUCCGAGUUGCACCGCGGAGCGCUUGGCGGCGUGCCCCAAAGUCACGGCGCUAUGUGCAGAAAUAGUGAGGGAGCCCGGCUGUGGCUGCUGUCCAAUGUGUGCCAGAGUGGAGGGGGAGCUGUGCGGGGUCUACACAACGCGGUGCUCCAGUGGCCUGAGGUGCUACCCGAGCUCAGGGGCCGACUUACCUUUGCAGCAGCUCAUCCAGGGUUUAGGUCGAUGUGGACAGAAGGUGGAAUUAGAUGUCACACCAUGUCUGAACCACCAGGAAGCAACAAAUGAGGUGCACGGGACUGAGAACCCACUCACCAAGAGACCCGCCAUAGACGCCUGGUACUGGCAGGAGUCGGCCAGGAAGCAGCACUUGAACGAGCGCAAAUCCAAGAUGAGGAUAAACCAGCUGGAGGACCCGCGGCCCCCGAGAGUGUCUCAGAGUGCCUGUCAGCAGGAGCUGGACAUGGUCUUAGAGGAGAUCUCCAAAAUGACCUCUGAGGACAACAGAGGCCCACUGGAGGACCUGUACGGGCUCAAGUUUCCAAACUGCGACAGACAUGGAUUGUACAACCUCAAACAGUGCAACAUGUCCACCCACGGCCAGCGGGGUGAGUGCUGGUGUGUUAACCCUUUAACCGGGGUCCAGAUACCGACGACGCCUAAAGUCAGAGGGGACCCCAACUGUUACCAGUUCCAGGAGGAGAUCAGAGAAAUGCCCACCGCAGCCACCUCCCACUUAUAAACCAUGUGACGAUGUUUCCUUCAAAACUCUGUCAGGAUCUUUGUUAUUGCCAGCGUGGUUCUAUCAACAUGUAAAUAAAGUGAAAAGACGCCAAACCAGCA